AUGGAUUUGAUUGAUAUAACAGCCUCUUUCAAGUUCAAUAGUCUAUUGGUUAAUAGCCAGGCAUUCUCUUCUUUACUCGAUCUACUCCAUAAAGAAAGAAAAAAUCCCAAAAACAAACUCGUGUUCAUCGACUGCUUCCAUAGUUUUGGACAAGUGAUAAGCGGAUGGGCUUUCCAGGCUGUUCCUCUACUCAUCAAGAAUGGGGUUUUCAAUGAAGAAGAAAUUCUAAUGGAAAUUCUGACCAGGCUCAAAGGGAACAGAGAUUCGCAAUUGCUCUUAUUACAAGGGUUUUUCAAGUUACCAAGUUGUUGCUCUUUAAAAACUGUCUUCCAGAUUCUGCAAAUAGACAUAUCACUCAGUUAUAUAGUGGCUCGUAGUAUAAUUCAAAAAGCCGAUGACUCAUUGUACCCUUGUCUUCUGGCUCUUUAUUCCUGCUCGGAUGUUUCGUUAGAUACAAAAGUUCUGAUACUUAAUUUCUUCAAUGAUGGACACACCAAAGAAAUCGAUUUUUCUGAUCCGUUCAAAGUUGUGAAUGAGUGUCAGAAAAACCCUAAGAUUCUUCUCAACAAGAAUUUUCCCAAUAGCUAUGUUCUUCUCCCAUACAUGAUUUCUUUAACUAAAGUUCUGUCUGACAUGGAGAAAUCUCUGCCAGGAUUGCAAUCAGAUACCAUUCCCAAGGCAAAGGCCAUCAUGCUUUCGGGCAUGAAAGCCAAUCUUGAUCAUAUCAAUGAAACUCCAAGCUGGAAUAAAAUCUUUUUCCUGAAAAAAGUUAUUGAUGAUAACCCAAAUGGCUACCUCAAACUUUGGAAGAAGCAGAUGGAUGCCAUAAAGUCUAAAAGCUUCGAACUUGAGGAUUUAUUGUUUGCUGCAAGUUUCUUACCUUUCGCGGAGACCCGACUUGUCACGGAAACUAUGAAUAAAAUAGUUCUCAGGACCCCAACUUUGGCGAACAUAGCACUCAACUUCUAUAUCCUAGUCUUAACUAAGCCUCAUUGUAAUAUUGACAAGCCAGUUCUACUGAAAAGCAUUAAAGAGAUCGCCUGUACCAAAUAUGUUAUCGAUCCUGUUAUCAACUACUUGAUGCUUUUGACUGAGAAAACUGGAGACAUUGUCCCUCUUAGAUUCAUAAGUGAAUUAGUUCUGAAAAAUCAGAGUUUAGUCGACAAAGUUCUUCCUCUAGUCAAGAUCCAAGAUAUUGACGAUGAAGACAAAAUCCAGGAAAGAAUUAACUUAUUGAAAAACAUGCUUCUAGUCAGCAGUAGAACUGAUAGAAUAUAUCCUAUUCUUGAAAAUCUAUUAACAAAGAAUGAUCCAAUCCUUGGGUAUGCUAUCGAAGCACUGGUCGAAGUAUCGGAUGAGGAAGAAAGUUUUCACUUCCGAGCCAUGCACAAGUUACUAUCAAAACAAGUUCGUGAAAAGGGGAAUACAGAUGCAUUAGCUAAGUAUUGCUCUUUCCUCUCACUUUGUAGAAAACUGGAUACUGAAACUCAACAAGAUUAUCGUCAUGAGUGCAUAAAGGAGUUGUGGCGAUUGACAACUUAUGACAGUAGCCAUUCGGAGAAGGAGAAUGACAAUGUUCGCCGUGCAGCUUGGGAAGCCAUAGCAUCCCUUGACCAGGAGGAACUUUUCGCUGUUCUUUCCUUAGAUUCCAAGAGUUUAAUGAGCUUGGUCAGUAACAUGAGAGAAACAGAGAUGCUAGGGUUUGAGAAGUUUUUGAAAAAAAUCAUACAGGAUGAGGUGGAGAAUGUUCCACGACCCGUGUACACUAAAAGAUAUACUUUUUCUGACCCUAUUUUAUCUUUGAGUGAGAAUUGGUUCGAGGCGUUAAGUAGAUCCAACAAAGAAUCCCCGUGGCUAUGGAAGUCUACAUUAGGAUUAUCACCUUAUUUGGUUUCUUCAUGUCCUCCAGAACGGAGUAAAACUAUGUGUUUGAAACUUCUUCGGAGGUUGCUGUCUGAAGUACCUCAACCUAGGAGAUACGGGGUAAACGAUUUAGUGAAUGCAUUCGCUAGUUGGCGAAUGCUCAUGAAAGAAAGUAUCGUUUUAUUAGCGAAGGAGGGAGAUACAUCUUUGAUUAGUGCUCGAGACCAUAUCACUGAUGAAUGUAGUAAAGCUCUCCGACAAACUGAGCUCUGCCUCUCUAACGUUUUAUUCGUUAUUACAGCACUGAUUUUGGAAAUAACUGAUGCCAUGAAAGAAAUGAUAUCUGUGCAAAGGAAAGAAACAGAAGUUGCCAUGAAACCAUGGAUAGGAGGCGCUUGUCACUUUAUUUUCCCUCUUUGUGAUCCGUCAGAAACGAAUUUUGUAGGACUUAUGAAUCCCAUUUUUCAAACAUGCGUGAAACCAACGGAGUUUUCGAGAGAUGUCGCUCGUUUCUGUGAUUGGAUGCUGAGCAGUUACGCUCUCGGUCCUCGCUACUACGAAGAUAUUUCUUAUUCUGUGAAGAAUAGAUAUGAUCCGUUUACUCCAGACAAUCCAAUAACGGCACAGUACAUUAAGUUGGUCUCUGGAUCCAGGAAUUUCACCGGUUCCAGGAGUUCUCUGUAUUCCUUAGGAGCUGCAUUAGGAAUAUCUCCUCUCCGGCUCUCAUUGCUGAGCGAGUUUGCAGAUGAUAAGGAUUCAAUCCGUUCUCUCGAAAGUAGUUUAAGUGAAGAAAGGACUCCAGAAUCGAUGACUUUGAUUUUAAAGAACAUCAGUAAUUUAUCUGUGGCUGAACGAUACAAAAGCCGGAACGCCGUCAAGAAAGUUAUUGAACGAGAAUGGAGUAAUAGUGACUCCUUCAAACAAUCGAUCUAUGAAGCUUUGGCAGAUUAUUGUCGCAUCACUUGGCUUCAGAGUUCUGAAUCUCUACCCAUGAACUAUGAUCAUUUAUCGGAAAAGAGUAUUCUGAAAGAUGUCAUAUCUGAGUUUAUGAUUCGAAGAUUUCCCAGCUUUUCUUUUGUUAGUUUCAUCCAUAUUUUGUCUUCCAUACGUCGCAGCGAUCAACGAACUCUACCUCCGCUCAAUUGGGCUCCGCUGUUAGAGGAGAUUAUGUAUGAGAGAAACGUGGGAGACGCUGCUCUGGAUUUAUGUAUUCAAGAGAAAUGCAAGAUGGUGGUUUAUAAACUCUCUGAUCGGAUAUUGAGGGAUAAAAUCAUCCGUCCUAGUACAAUUCUCGUUUUUAUGAGAGACCUUCCCUUUGUUUUGUCUUGUUUAAAUGCCGAACUCAUACCUACCCUUUUGGAUAAACUACUUGAAUUAGUUACCUCACAGCACGCUCAAUCAGAUGAUAUACUAUCAGUUAUUACGGGAUGUAGAGAAAAUUCGAUUGUUCAUGAUUAUAUCAAAAACAGACUUCCUAAUCUUGAACCGUUCGACAGUGAAUCGGUUUUAGAUAGUGUAGUAAUGCAGCUACAGAUGGAAGGACAGUUUGAAGGGGAAAUUAGUUUAUUUUUUGACUUCUACGUUUUAUGUGGUGGCCACGAGUUGAAAUUCCCUCACUUAUUCCAAAUAUAUGAAGCAACGCAGUACAAUUCCAUAUGUCUUCGUAUAUUGGGUUUCAAAGUGCAUGCCAUGGAUGUGAAAGACAAUAUACAAUCCUUCAUCGUUCUGGCUGGUUAUCAGAGUUAUGAAAACAGUUGUGGAAAUUAUAAGGACGAAGCUUUCGACUUCUUCCUGGUACUUGUUUGCUCCAUAUCAACCCAGUUGCCACUUUUCUGGACAGGAAGAGAAGAUAUCAAGAAGAUAAUUUAUAGCAGAUGGAGGUAUUAUUGGGAAGAAGGUGUACUACCUCUCACUACCACAAAGUUGGCGCUUGUGCUUCAAAGGUUCUUACUCAAUAAUUUGGUAUCCCAUAGUAAUGAGAAGAACAAAGAUAUAAUGAGAGAAAUGUUGUACUCUUUGUUUCCAAUCGCCAAUACAUCUGUGGGCGAUAUGUUGAAGUUUGAUGAUACUGAAAGACAUUUACUAUUCAAUUCGGAAUCGGCACAUCGAAUUCAUAAAGCUUAUAUGGAGAAAAUCGAGAGGAAAUCGGUAUUUUAA